CAAAUAAAGAUACAGAAGGAGUAAUUGAAAUGCUAGUUGGUACACUUUCACCAAUUGGUAUUUUAUGUUUAUCAUCUGCAAAAAUAAGGCAAGUAUACUUUUUAUAUUUUGAUGAAAAUUGUCGAAU